AUGAAAAGCUCUAUUUCAGCCAAUAGAAAUGGCAUGUUUCCAAGCCCAGGAACGCCUAAUUAUCCCUCAAGAACUGGUUUUCAGAAUGGCUGGAGCUCAGAACGCGUGGCUUCACAUACAAGGGGUAACCGGAUACACUCAAGCUUCUCAUUGAUGCCUUACAACAAUGGAAGGACACUUCCUUCCAAAUGGGAAGACGCAGAGAGGUGGAUAAUAAGUCCAGUUGCUUUAAAGCCUUCUGUUCAACAGCCACAAAGGCGACCUAAGUCAAAGAGUGGACCACUUGGACCUCCAGGGUCUACCUGCUACUCCAUGUAUUCACCUGCAAUGCCUAAUUUUGAAAGAGAAAAUGCCAGAAGUUUUGUCAACGAGUCACCACUUCCAAACAGAAUUACUCAAGAUGAUAAAACUAGUGGUUUAAUGGAUGUUUCCACCAAUGAUAUCUCAAGGAGAGAUAUGGCAACCCAAAUGAGCCCUGAAAGUAGUACCUAUUCAUCUAAGAGAAACUCUAGCUCCAUCUCAAAUUCUAUCCUAGCUGUGGAAGAUUCACAGCAUGUUCGCUCUUCCAAAGCAGAUAUAAGAGAUGUACAGGUAGAUGGUAAGGUCACUUUGACUCGAUGGUCUAAGAAAAGUAAAACUCGAAUUCCAGGUAGGUGGUCAGACAUUCUGGAUGCCAGGUCAGCAGAUUGGGAAGCAUCAGAGAUGACAAAAAAGCCUCUCAAAGGUUAAGAGGGAGGAAGCUAAAAUUACUGCAUGGGAGAAUCUGCAGAAGGCAAAAGCAGAAGCAGCAAUACGAAAACUAGAGAUGAAAUUGGAAAAGAAGAGAUCAUCCUCUAUGGAUAGGAUUAUGAACAAAUUAAGAACAGCUCAGAAAAAGGCUCAAGAAAUGAGAGAAUCGAUGUUAUCUAACCAGUCUUGUAAAGUUGCUAGAUCUUCACACAAGGCCAUGUCACUCAUCAAGACUCGCCACAUACGUUCCUUGAGUGGAUGCUUUACAUGCCCUGCAUUUUGACAAACCUUUUGCAUCUGGUGUCACCCUCAUACACCAGGUUGUUUUUGGAAGGGCACGACGUGACUGUACAUUUGCAUUGAAGUUUUAUUGUUAUUUGACUUCCGUUGGUUUUUGUAGUUCAACUAUGUUUAGUAUUAUGCUUUUGAAACAAAUGGAUUUUAUAAUAUGUUUUCUGAAUUGGGGUUUAAAUGUUUAACCUGAUUUUUAAAUGAAAGAAAUUUGAUUUGAUAUUUGGGAC